AUGGUGCUUUCACCUGCUUAUCGAGUAAAUGUCGGUAUGUUUGCAGCUGAGCGUCUGCACUACUGGACAGCUGAACUUGCGCUGCCAUUGUCGGAACUUGCUCGAUAUUCACAAGCCAAAGUUCCGCCCGUAUCGACAUCGUUUUGGAGGAUCAACUUCUCACGUGUUGAGUGGCCUGUUCGUGUUGUUUCGGAUCGAGACACUGGCAAACAGGUUUACGAAAAGGAGUCGGGCUUAAGCGAGGAGAAUUGGACGUGGAGUGCACAGUUUGCAGUCGACAUGCAUCGUCCAGAGUGGUGGGGAUACCUCUACUUUCGUCCGCGACAUGAAAGUCCACCGUUGACAGAAGACAGCAACGAGACUGUACCACUUGAUCCUGAAUGGGGCGUGCGGUAA